CGCAGCGGACCUUAGACGGGCUUCCGGAGUUAUGAACAGGACAGUGGCGGGAUAAGAGGGAGGUCACUCCUAGGAAAUGGCGUGUAAAGACAUGCAACAUCCCACGAUACUGCACCAUGGAGAGUGUCGAACUCGAUGUUCUGGGACAGCGACCUGGGCUCAGUAGGUUGUAUACCCAGCUUUGCUUCUGCUUCGCCAUACCAGAUACUUCUCCCCAAUCACAGUCUACCAUCCUUGGUCAUCUAAGGCAUAGUCUGGAGAAAUUGACACUGGCUUUCCCAUGGAUCCCCGGACAGGUUAUUCGAUCAUCAACGGGUAUCUUUGAGAUCCAGCCCUACGAAAGGCUACCACGCCUCCUUGCCAGAGACUUGCGUACUGAAUUGCCGCCUAUGCAAGAGUUCAGGAAGGAUGGCUUUCCGUUUCGACUGCUGGAUGAGAAUGUCAUUGCAAGUCGGGGAACCCUCCCUGAUGAGCAUGACACUUGCGCCCCUGUCUUUGAGAUACAGGCGAACUUUAUUCAAGGUGGUCUCUUGCUUGUGUUUAAUGGUCAGCACAACUGUAUAGAUAUGGCUGGAGAAGCGCAGAUGAUCUACCUCUUCUCCAAAGCCUGCUGCGGAGACCCGUUUACUACUGAAGAGAUGAAGGUGGGCAACCAGUCUCGGAGCGACAUCAUCCCGCUGCUCUCUGGGUACGAAGGGGUUAUCGACAAAACUGACAACCAAAGUGAGCAUCAACGAUCUGCGGCUGGGGCAGUGUCUGGGAGCCCAGAAUCCUUCUGGGCUUACUUCGGCUUUAAUCCGCACGCACUCACAGAACUAAAGUCCAGCGCAAUGCAGCACGUGUCCUCAGAGUAUAUUUCGACGGAUGACGUUGUAAGCGCUCUCAUAUGGCGAUCAGUCACACGAGCUCGUCUCCCGCGUUUCCUGGGUCCAGCAGAGACGCGCACGACUUUUGCAAGACAAGUCAAUACCAGGUCGCACCUCCGCAUACCAGCAACAUACCCGGGAGUAGUGGUGCACAAGGUCAACACUGCUAUGAAGGUGGAUGAUCUUCUUAGCACUUCUCUGGGCGAGGUAGCGUCUCAGCUUCGUGGCUCUCUUCGAGAAGAAGACCUGGGAUAUCGCACUCGGGUUGAGGCGACAGAGCUCUAUCGCAGGCUCCCUAGCGGGACGAUCAGAGGGGGUACAGGUCAACGUGAUCUGUCAACGGAUAUCGUAAUGAGCUCCUGGGCCAAGGAGAAGUGCUACGACUUCGAUUUCGGCUUGACCUUGGGAAAGGCAGAGGCAGUAAGAAGACCGCGGUUUGCUUAG